GUCUUCAGAGGAAAAAACAGAUGCUGGGCUGCUGGUCAGCUGCCUUACGUCUCCCUCAGGAUCUCGGUGUAGAAGCGACAGAGGAUCCUCUGAGGUUUAUAUUCGGGUCAUCACUAUGACUGAUGGGGACUAUGACUACCUUAUAAAGCUCCUGGCCCUGGGAGACUCUGGUGUGGGAAAGACCACGUUCCUGUACAGAUACACAGACAACAAGUUCAACCCCAAAUUCAUCACCACAGUCGGCAUCGACUUCAGGGAAAAAAGAGUGGUGUACACGUCCUCGAACCCUAAUGGGACGAACACAGGGAAAACCUUCAAGGUCCACCUUCAGCUUUGGGACACGGCCGGACAGGAGAGGUUCCGCAGCCUGACAACGGCGUUCUUCAGAGACGCCAUGGGGUUCCUGCUGAUGUUUGACCUCACCAGCCAGCAGAGUUUCCUCAAUGUCAGAAACUGGAUGAGUCAACUACAGGCCAACGCCUACUGUGAGAACCCAGACAUCGUGUUGGUGGGAAACAAGGCCGACUUGGCCGACCAGCGGGAAGUUCAGGAGAAACAGGUCAAAGAGCUGGCUGAUAAAUACGGGAUCCCGUACUUUGAGACGAGUGCGGCGACAGGCGCAGAAGUGGACCAGACAGUGAUCACGCUGCUGGACCUGGUCAUGAAGAGGAUGGAGCAGUGCGUGGACAAACCACCCGCAGAGGCCGCCAACGGCAACGGUGCCGCCAAGCUCGCCGACGAGCAGCCCAGCGCCAAGAAGUGUGCGUGUUAGGUCGAGAGGUCGAUUCAGGAAACCACGCACGCACAAGAGUCUGUGUCCGUCCGUCUGUACUUUCUACUCGUCACAUUCCCACCAUGGUUUUUACUCUCCGCUCUGUCACGUUUGACCGCAUGUUUCUUUUCUCCUUUUUCUUUUUUCUCUGUCUUUUCCUCUCAAACAUCAUGCUUCUCUGUCAGUUACACAGUGCUGCCGCCCUCUAGUGGACAUCAACUUAGCACAGUGUCAGUGUGUGUGUCUGCCACGGAGCUUUUGUUCAGGAGGAAGUGAAAUUCAUAUAAAAUGUGCGACCUGUUUUAUGGAAUUAGAUUUGUGUCGAUAUUUUCAAACAACACUUGUUGACAAAGUGAACAAUAAACAAAUUGCAAAUAAAAUAUGGAUUUAAUCGUUCAAAAAUAUUUAUAUAUUUUUGUUUGUAAUGAUUGGAAUUUUGUUUGCUCCGACUCGUUUGUGUUUGCGCUCCCUUGGUUACUGAGUUUUGGAGUGACAGCUCAAUGGUGCGUAAGUAGUCACAGGCUUGGACUCGCUGUCCGUCUGGAAUUUUGUUCCGACAAAAUAAUUGUAAGUAUCUAACGUUGAUAAUCUGACAGAUUUUGUCAGAUGUCGACGGGGAAAAUUUGGGGACAUGUAGCCAAUCAGCAGGCAGCUUCCCAAGCCCCGUCCAUGGUCAGAAUCGUAAACAACAAAACUGGCGCAAAGAAAAAGUGUUGGAUCAAACAAAAUUCUGAUCAUUGCAAACAAAAAGUGUCUUUUCAAAUGAAUAAAAUACAGUAUUU